GCGCUGCUGCUGCCUGGCUGCGGCGGACGAGAGGAAAGGAGGUGGGGGCUGGAGGAGGAGGAGGGGGGACGGAGGCUCCCCCGGCGAUGGGGGAAGGGGACCGAUAAAAUUAGCUCAGCAUGUCUGCACUGGCGGGGAAGGGCCCCGCGCGCAGCGGCGGGCCUUGGCACCAGAGAGGAGCCGCGCGGGGUCUGCCUGGGCAUCGCCAGGUUCCAAGGCCACUAGAUGGGCCCACAGGCGGGCAGGAGGCGCCCAGUCUCACCCUGGGAUCAAAGUCAAGCUGGACCUUUCUGAUUCUGCUAUUAGCACACAGAUCCUGCGACUGGAUUUGAAGACUGGCGUUUCUCCAGGAAGCAUUUUCUGAUGGCGCUCCUAGCUACAGCGGAGAUAAAGAUGGCUCUGCAGAGACCAGGCACAUUGGCGUUCAUCCUGAUCAGGAUCUGAGUUGUGCUGUAGAAAAACAACAGUGACUCAGUAGACAUCUGCAGAGCAAAACUUGAGCGAUGGUCCAGAAUAAUUUCUUGUUCUAGAGGUGCAGCUCCUCCUGAAGACCUCUGCUAAGGGUGGAGACAGCCUCCCCAGAGCUCACCUGAAAGAUGAACGAUGGCACCUGGAUCACCCUUAGUCCGGCAGAGUUUGCUCAGCUCCAGCAGUAUUCUGAAUAUUCCACAAAGAAACUGAAAGAUGUUUUGGAAGAGUUCCAUGGAGAUGGUGUCCUAGCAAAAUAUAAUCCAGAACAGAAACAAGACACUCUGAACCAACCAAUUGACUAUGAGGGGUUCCAGCUGUUCAUGAGAACAUAUCUGGAGGUGGAUAUUCCAGAGGAGCUCUGCCAGCACCUCUUCAUGUCCUUCAAACGAAAAAUCUGCCAAUAUUCCCCAGAGAGCCAGCGACAAAGUUCCAGCAUUACACAGCUCAGCAAUCUUGAGUCUAAGUCCAUUGAUACAGGCAUCUCUAUCCAGACCGAAGUUGCUUGCGCCCCUGUUACAGGGAUCAAUGGGAAAACUCUCCUAACUGCCACAGGAAGGCACACACCUGAACCCAAAAGCUCCCAGGGAAACCUGGCAGAGCCACAAACAGCAUCUCUAAGUCCUGCUCCAACUGCCAAUGCCAAUGCCCUUGGGAAUGCCUCACCUAGCUGGUCCAGGUCGUCUUCACAGAAAUCCACUGCUGGUACCCCCUCGGCUCAAAACUCCUCAGGGUCCUCCAAGCUCUCCUCAGGUUCUCUGCUCAGCCCACAGUCCCCAGGCUCCAGAAGCUUGGAGAAGAAAUUACCAUUCAGCCUUCGAAAGAGUCACAUCUCCCUGAAAACAGCCAGUCCGCAUUUGUCAGCCCCACUGGCUCAGGUAGUCUACCUGAAGGACAUUGUCUGCUACCUGUCACUGCUGGAAAGGGGACGGGCUGAGGAUAAGCUGGAGUUUAUGUUUCGCCUCUAUGACACAGAUGGCAAUGGCCUCCUGGACAGCUCGGAGCUGGAUCGUAUUAUCAAUCAGAUGGUUCAUGUAGCAGAAUACCUUGAGUGGGACUCCACAGAACUGAGGCCGAUCUUGAAAGAGAUGAUGGAAGAAAUAGACUAUGAUCAUGAUGGAACUGUGACGCUGGAAGAGUGGAUUCGGGGUGGCAUGACCACUAUUCCUUUGCUGGUUCUGCUGGGCAUGGAAACUAAUGUGAAAGAUGAUGGACAGCAUGCGUGGAGGCUGAAGCACUUCAAGAAGCCUGCCUACUGCAACUUUUGUCGCACUAUGCUGCUGGGCGUCAGGAAGCAAGGCCUUUGCUGCUCCUUUUGUAAAUACACAGUCCAUGAAAGAUGUGUGUCCAAAGAGAUUGCCCCCUGCAUCAGCACUUACGUGAAAUCAAAGAGAAAUACAACUGUCAUGCAGCACACGUGGAUUGAGGGGAACUCCCCAGCCAAAUGUGACCGUUGUCAUAAAAGCAUCAAGAGCUACCAGGGCAUUACCGGACUACAUUGUGUAUGGUGCCAAAUCACACUUCACAACAAAUGUGCCUCUCAUGUGAAGCCUGAGUGUGAUGGUGGGCAGCUCAAGGACCACAUCUUAUUGCCUUCGCACAUCUGCCCAGUUGUUCUGGAUAGGCAAUCCCACCCAAGAAGAUCAGACAGUGAAUCUCCAUCCAGCACAUCCCCAGAUGAUACAACCCUGGCCUUCAGAUACAACACCACCACGGUGGAUGGGCAUGGACUACAGAUCACCCCUAAGCCUGGAACACAUCCACUGUUGGUGUUUGUGAACCCCAAGAGUGGAGGGAGACAAGGAGAAAGGGUUCAUCGGAAAUUCCAUUAUCUACUCAACCCCAGACAAGUUUACACGGAUCGAGGAGGACCCACUCAUGGUUUAAAUUUUUUCCGUGAUGCUCCAGACUUCCGUAUUCUGGCUUGCGGAGGAGAUGGGACAGUUGGAUGGAUCCUGGACUGCAUAGAUAAGAUAAACAUAGCAAAACACCCUCCUGUGGCUAUCCUGCCCCUGGGAACAGGCAAUGACCUUGCCCGCUGCCUACGAUGGGGAGGAGGUUAUGAAGGUGGCAACUUAAUGAAGGUCCUGAAGGACAUUGAACACAGUGCAGAGGUAAUGCUGGACCGAUGGCAAAUUGAUGUCAUCCCUAUUGACAAAGAGGAGAAUGGGGACCCUGUCCCUUACAGUAUCAUCAACAACUACUUCUCCAUAGGAGUGGAUGCAUCCAUUGCACACAGAUUCCACAUGAUGAGGGAAAAACAUCCGGAAAAGUUUAACAGCAGAAUGAAGAAUAAACUUUGGUAUUUUGAAUUUGGCACAACGGAAACCUUUGCCGCCACCUGCAAGAAGCCAGACUAUGUAGAGAUUGAGUGUGAUGGAACAGUUCUGGAUCUGAGUAGCACUUCACUGGAAGGUAUCGCAGUCCUCAACAUUCCCAGCAUGUAUGGCGGCUCCAAUCUCUGGGGGGAGACCAAGAAACAACAUAACCGGAUGAGCAAGAAGGUACCUGAAAAGUUACAAUCCUCAGUGGUUACUGAUGCCAAGGAGCUCAAGUUCUGUGUUCAAGAUCUCAGCGAUCAACUCCUGGAAGUUGUGGGCCUUGAAGGGGCGAUGGAGAUGGGGCAGAUCUAUACUGGACUGAAAAGUGCUGGCAAGAGGCUAGCUCAGUGUUCCUCCGUUACCAUCAGGACAACCAAGCUUUUGCCCAUGCAAGUGGAUGGAGAGCCCUGGAUGCAGCCACCUUGCACAAUUAAAAUCACCCACAAAAGCCAAGUGCCGAUGUUACUGGGACCUCCCCAAAAGAGCAGCUUCUUCUUCCUGAGGAGGAGGAACCGAACUCGAGACUAAUCUGCAACUAAGCAAAAGGACAAUCUUCAGAAGCAGCAGUUCUCCAUUCCAGUGGCAGUCAACCGCACAGGGGGAAAGCCUAUGGAAAGAAACCUUCAUCUCUUCAGAUCUCCUGGCUUCUGAAUCUGCUUCGGAAACAUCAGUCUGGAGGCAGCAUUAUGAACUCUUAGUGGAAAAUAACAGGGUUGGCAUUCGGCAGCCGAACUGAAAUAGCGGUGGGGUUUGUAUAUACAUGCACACAUAGCCACAUUCUCUAAAUAUCACUGGCAGGGAUAACACUAACAUUGAUGGUUCAGGGGGAUUUUUCUCCUCCGCAGCACCACAGUCUAAGGAGGAGAAACUCUCAAAACUGCUCUGGUUGGACUGUGGCGAGAAUUGGGACUGUUCUGAGGAGAGCUGUUCUAGGCAGCCAUGAAUUGCACAGCCCUGUCUGAAAGCAAACAAACAGACAUGGAAAACGGCAUGUCUGACGUAGCCCUGCAGAUGGGAUGUGGGAUCUUUUCCAUUUAUUCGGACUCUUUAGAACCCCAGAAGCUGCUGUUAAAACACCAAACUUGGCAAAGAAACCAAGCUUCACUUAUUUAUUUUUUUAAAGGUAUGUCAGAAGACUUUUGGCAUCUCGCUGUGCUGCCCUCUUGGGUCACCAAAUCCUACACAUGAUAAGAAAUUUUCUUUUGUUUAUUUUUUUCC